CAUUGGGAAGUCUCAGGGGAAAAUGGCUGAAGUAGUUUCACCAAUAACUCGACAAAUAACUAAGGAGAGCUCGGAAACUGGAGCCCUAUCUGUCAUUAAUGACCUCAAAGAAGCUGAAGACUGUUUAAUUUACGAUCGGCAUGGAGUCUCGAUCCCAUUCAAGAGCUUAUAUCAAGACAAGAAGUCGGUUAUCAUUUUCGUACGGAAUUUCUUGUGCUACAGCUGCAAAGAGUAUGUUGAUGAUUUGAGCAAAGUACCAAGAGAAGCACUAGAGGAUGCUGGAAUCAGAUUGAUUGUGAUUGGUCAGUCUGCUCAUCACCAUAUAGAGCCUUUCUGCUUGUUGACGGGGUAUCCUUAUGAAAUGUAUGUGGACCCAAAAAGGCGCAUUUACCAAAAGCUUGGGAUGAAGAGAGAAGAGAGAUUCACAGAUAAUGCACACCCCAGUCCCCAUGUGAAAUCUGGUUUAUUUAUGGGCCAAAUAAAGAGCAUAUGGAGGGCCAUGACCAGUCCUGUAUUUGACUUCCAGGGUGACUUGCAUCAGCAAGGUGGAGCUAUCAUUGCAGGACCUGGCUCUCAAGUUUAUUUUUGGCAUUUUGACAUGAACCGCUUGGAUCACAUGCCCAUAAACUGGCUCCUCCAGCUUGCAGGAGUUCAACAGACACUGGACUUCAGUGAUAGGCCAAAGAUCAUACAUGUAUAGCAUAAAAGUGAUUUUUUUACAUGCAUUGAAUCUUCACUGAGGUUAAAUACUACAUUAUUUGGUGUUUUUGGUGUACCUAAAUGUGGCUUGGGAACAACGGACAUUUUCUUCAAGGGAUUUUAAGUGGUCAGUCACCAUAGAUUGACAGUGGCCCACUGGAUAAAAAAAAAAUCCUCAAAACAUCCAUAAACAUCUGGUUGCCAGUGGCUUUCAGUCCUGAGUAAAAUGACUUUGCAGUAGGUGUCUGUAUUUAUCAGCUUCAGCUCUGAUUGACAGGGAUGGAAAUGUGACACAGAUCUGCAAGAGUGAGCACAGACCUGAAAUAUUUAAUAUUUAAAACCAGACACUGAUAACAUCUUCUUAUAUGGAAGAAACUUGACGGGGGCACUGACCAUGUAGACAAAAAGAUACAGAAUGGAUCUAUUUUAUUUAUCUAUAAAGCAUCUACCAGCUCAACCUCAGUCCAGCUAUUUUGGCUGGUCUAGUAAAAAAUUAUAAACUAAUACUCAUGCUUAUCAGAAACGGUGGUUUAUAGCCUUUGAAAUACUCAAAUAGUAUUCCUUCCUUUUGUAAUAGUCUGCAGAGACGUACCUAGCAAUGUGUAUAGUAGCAGAGCACUAUAAACAUACAACCGCUUACAUUUGCUUUUCUUUUUUGCUGGAAGUGCUUUCAUUAAAAAAUAGCAUUGAUAACAAGCAGUUUAGUUAAAAUUCUCCCAAUAUCUUUGAUUGGCUGAGAGAACAGGAUUUGGGCUUUUCUGUCCAGUUCUAUUUAGAGCCUUUUUUUAAACAAAACAUUGAAAAUUGUAGUUUGAUGAAAACUGAUUUGGAACUUAAGCCCAUAUUAGCUUAUUAAGUUGAGUUCUCUGGGAAAAGCCCAUACGUUCUGUGGUCUAAAGCGCAAAUAAUUAAACAAAGUUAUAAAAGGGUUUUUAAAAUCCUUUCCCUGUCAGAAUUAUAUUGUUUCUAUAUUUGUAAAAUUUUGAUAUUGUACUUGUGGUUAGGUUAAUAGGUUAAUCAUGACCAAUUAAUAACUUAUGCCCUGAUUUGCUAUCUUUAUAUCCACGUCGUUCACAUCCAAUUGUAUCAUUCCGCACUUUGGAUUGCAUCCUAAUAUAUCUGUAGUUAAUAAUACUGCUGCCAUUGAACAGUUAGGGUGGUGGGCACUGGACAAAAAACUCCUGC